AUGGUCGGCGCCACCGUCGCGUUCCUCGUCGGCAUCCUUUGCUUGUCGUCCGGCCUCAGCUCGGGCACGAGUGGCUUCCUCUUGUCGACCGCCUUGGAGUUCACGAGCCGGAUCCUCUACGUCGUGCGCGCCAUCAACAAGAACGAGCUCAGCCUCAACUCGGUCCAGCGCAUCAUCCAGUACAGCACCGAGGUCGAGGUCGAGGAGCCGCACUGCGACCGCAAGGACCCGCCGGCGCACUGGCCCGACUCGGGCCGCAUCGAGUUCGACAACUACUCGGCCAAGUACGCCGAGGACGGCGAGGACGUCUUGCACGAGCUGAGUCUGAGCAUCAAGCCUAGCGAGAAAAUUGGCAUCGUCGGCCCGUCAGGAUGCGGCAAGAGCACAUUGUCACUCGCCCUCCUGCGCUUCAUCUUGACCUCGAACGGCUCGAUCAACAUUGACGGUCGCGCCCUAUCCGACACCAACCUCGACGCGAUCCGGUCCCGCCUCACGCUCGUGCCGCAGGACCCGACCCUCUUCUCCGGCACGCUCCGCUCCAACCUCGACCCGCACGGCGCGCAGGACGACUCGGUCCUGUGGGCGGCGUUGAAGCGCAGCGGCUUUGCGCGAGCGGGCGGCGACAGUGGCGACGAGGCCGCCGAGGUCGGGCUCGACAGCGAGGUCGCGAGCGGCGGGAGCAACUUCUCGCAGGGCCAGCGACAGCUUGUCGGGCUCGCGAGGGCGCUCGUGAGGAGCAGCAAGGUCAUCAUUAUGGACGAAGCGACGGCGAGCCUCGACGACGAGUCGGACAAACUCGUGCAGCGCGUCAUCCGCGAGGAGUUUGAGGGCUGCACCAACCUGACUGUCGCGCACAGGCUCGAGACGGUCAUCGACUUUGACCGCAUCCUCGUCCUUCGAGCUGGCCGCGUCGUCGAGUUCGACACGCCGCUCGCGCUCCUCGACAAGCAGGACGGCACGUUCAGGGAGAUGGUCGAGGCGACGGGCAACUUUGACGCGUUGAGGAGGGCUGCAGGAGGAGGAGAGAGCGGGAGCGGGCGCGAGCAGUAG